AUGGCGCUGCUGUUGCUCCUGGUGGCCGUGCUCGGCGUGGUGCUGGCGAGCAGCCUGCUGCUGCGGUGGAACGAGCUCCGGUACAGCCGCCGCCGGGGCCUGCCGCCGGGCACAAUGGGGUGGCCGCUCUUCGGCGAGACCACCGAGUUCCUCAAGCAGGGGCCCAGCUUCAUGAAGCAGAGGAGGCUCAGGUACGGGAGCCUGUUCCGGACGCACAUCCUGGGCUGCCCCACGGUUGUGUGCAUGGAGCCGGAGCUGAACCGCCGGACGCUGGCCAGCGAGGGCGCCGGCUUCGUCCCGGGCUACCCGCAGUCCAUGCUCGACAUCCUGGGGCCCAACAACAUCGCUGCCGUGCACGGCCGGCUCCACCGCGCCAUGCGCGGCGCCAUGCUCGCGCUCACGCGGCCCCACAUGAUCCGCGCCGCGCUCCUCCCCAAGAUCGACGCCUUCAUGCGCGCCCACCUCCACGGCUGGGCCGGACGACGCGUCGACAUCCAGGAGAUGACCAAGGAGAUGGCUUUGCUCUCAGCUCUCAGGCAGAUUGCUGGCAUCUCUGCUGGCCCACUCUCUGAUGCCCUAAAGGCAGAGCUGUACACCCUUGUACUUGGCACCUUCUCCCUGCCAAUCAACAUCCCAGGAACCAACUACAGCAAAGGGCUCCAGGCAAGGAAGAAGCUUGUGGCAAUGCUGCGGCAGAUGAUCGCGGACCGGAGGUCCUCUGGUUGCGCUCAAGAUGACAUGCUGGAUGCGCUGUUGAGCGGCAACGAAGGCACCAGGGCGAAGCUCAGUGAUGACCAGAUCAUUGACCUUCUUAUCACCCUCAUAUACUCUGGGUAUGAAACCGUGUCGACCACCUCGAUGAUGGCAGUGAAGUACCUAUCGGACAAUCCAAAAGCUCUUGAACAAAUCAGGAAAGAGCAUCUUGACAUCAGGAAGGCUAAAUCACCAGAGGAUGCCCUUGACUGGAAUGAUUAUAAGUCAAUGACCUUCACCAAAGCUGUCAUUUAUGAGACUCUAAGACUAGCUACAGUUGUCAAUGGGCUGCUGAGGAAAACAACCCAGGAUGUAGAAAUGAAUGGGUAUGUUAUUCCAAAAGGCUGGAGAAUUUAUGUCUACACAAGGGAGAUAAAUUAUGAUCCAUUCCUGUACCCGGAACCGAUGGUUUUCAACCCAUGGAGAUGGCUGAUGGGAGGAGGAGGGAAACAACACAAUAUCAAAGUUCCCCAGAGUGGCAGCUCCCAACGGGCUACAUAUCCGAGUUCAAGAUUACUGAACUUGUGA